AUGACGAUGAGGAGGAACUGGAAGAACAGCACCCAGUUGCUUCCCGUCCUCCUUGUCAUCGCAUUAAUGGCCUUGUCUUCAAUGCCAUACACUGUAGAUGCCAAACUCCAUGUGUACAUCAUCAACGACCUGGAUCCGGGGUUGGACUUAGACAUCCAUUGCAAAUCCAAAAACAAUGAUCUUGGGGACCAUAAACUUUCUUAUGGCCAAGAGUACACCUGGAGUUUCAAUCAAAACCUUUUUGGUGGAACGCUCUUCUGGUGCAACUUUUACUGGGUGAACAACGGGGUCAAUCUUCAAGCCGGUUACCGAGUCUUUGAUCAACAUAAACAGCCCUCAAUAUUUGGCGAUGACUAUUUUUACAAGGUGAGAAAGGAUGGCAUAUACACCAGCAUCACAGUAGAUGAUACCUUUACUAAGGUCAGCGAUUGGGAGAAAUACAAUUAA